GGAAACGAAGAACAAGUGAGAGCGGACGAUCCCUAAACGCACGCAGGUAGUGACUCCCAGCCCCACGGCUGCUGCAAUUGUGAAGCAAUGAGGCCACCGCGAGGGCGCGGCGGCGGAUUCAGGGGCGGCAGAGACGGCGGCGGAUUCAGGGGAGGUAGAGACGGUGGCCGCUUUGGCAGAGGAGGAGGAGGUCGAAGCUUUGGCGGUCGGGGUUCUUAUCGCGAUGAAGGCCCUCCUUCAGAAGUCGUAGAAGUUUCUACGUUCGUGCACGCUUGCGAAGGAGAUGCAGUUACGAAGCUUACCAAUGAGAAGAUUCCCUAUUUCAACGCUCCUAUUUACCUCGAAAAUAAAACUCAGAUUGGCAAAGUUGAUGAGAUUUUCGGCCCAAUCAAUGAGUCGUUGUUCUCGAUCAAAAUGAUGGAAGGAAUUGUUGCAACAUCAUAUUCUGCCGGAGAUAAGUUCUACAUAGAUCCGGCCAAGCUUUUGCCCCUCUCCAAGUUUCUUCCACUUCCCAAGGGACACCCACAAGCGGCCAGAGGUGGAGGUGGUGGAGGAAGAGGGAGAGGCAGGGGACGUAGUAGUGGUGUACGUGGAAGAGGCCCACCGCGGGGACGUGGACCACCAAGGGGCCGUGGUGGUUUUAGAGGCCGAGGUGGAAGGGCAUAGAAUGGAGAUUUGUUGUAGGCUCUCCUCCAUGUCCGUGCUGAGGGUAUCAAUCUGAACAUUUAUUUCUGUCGUCUCUAUAAGACAUUUUCUACCGUUUCUAUUUCAACCUUAGUUCUUUGACAUUUUAGUUUGUCCUAAUGCUUGAAGUGCAUCAAAGCUCUGUAUCUUUCUCUGACCCAUUGCGCUAUAUUACCAUUCUCCAUUUGCCAAUAUGCGACUUUCCAUUCUAAUCCCUCUGUUCCAACUUCCAAUAGGAUUGGACAUGGUCCGGUUUUGGUUUCGACUCCAAAAUUGUUGGUUUUGUGCUCCAAUUAUUUUUGAACCGUAACCAAAAGUGAGAUAUAGCGGUUUGGUUUUG